CGGGCGGUGUGGACACGUGCCGGGGUGCCGGCUGCGGGCAUCACCGACCGCCAGGCCAGAGCCCCGGAAACCCCGCUAUCAGGACUGGAUACCCUCCCCCAACACCCCCCCCCCCCCGGUCCCGGUAACGGCUGAGGAGGAGACAGCCGCCUGGAAGACGCCCAGGGCCGUGCCGGAGGCGGAGUCGCUUGGAGAGAGCGGUCUCAGGGUCGGUGUGCCGGGUGGGCGGUUUGCGGGAGUGCGCACACGUACAUGUGGAUUUGUAUUUACGCACGCACCGCGCUUGGGCGUCAGCAGGGCACAUCGAAGGUUGUGGGCAUGUGGGCGCGUGUGCGGACUCAAAGCCCGUCUCGAGUGCGUGUCUGAUACAGGAUACCUUUGUGUCAUGUUUGGUGUGUGUGUGCAGCGUGUACAUAGGUGGUGGUUUGCUGAUGGUAAUCGUGCUGGGUAUGGUGCGGUGUAUGUUCAUAUACGUCAUGGAGUGUAUGGGUGGUGUGCUGGAUCCUCAGAGUAAAUUACGAGAGUCUGUAUGUGUGUAGCCCACUCCAAAGGUGUCACCGGGGCGGGAUCCUUAUGAAGACCUGGGUAUCCUCGGGCCUGACAAAGGAACCUGUAUCUUGGGAUGGUGUACUGUAUACGGUUCACUUAUUUUAGGGCAUUUUAGACAGAAGAUGGGAAGGUCAGUCUGGCUCUCAUCUACUCCCAGGUUUCUCUUGACCGGUAGGAUUAUGUGCCCAGUCUUUUGUGUUACUAAGAUGCCUCUGUUCCUCUAACUCAAAACCCCACAUUCACCACUUGUGGGUAUCGAGAUGAGACUCUCUGGCUUGUAGCUGUGUGGGUACAUGUGUGAGUCACAACCAGAGCCAGUCUAGUAUUCUGUGCCCAGUUGGAGACCCCAGAGCUUGGCUUCCCAGUGGGAACCAUCCCAUUUUCAGUAGGAAAAGCCAGGAAGUGGAGACCAAGGCUUAACUUCCUGGUGCAGGAUCAGAACCUCCCCAGGCUGGGAAGACUGUAGCCCUUCCAGCUCUGGAUACCAAGCCUUCGAUCUGUUUAUCUACUCCCUGCUAGACUUCCAGGCCAAUGUCCCUAUGCAAGAGAGGGAAGGCUUCUUCCUUUAGCCUGGAUUUGCUUACCCCUGGAGGUAGCAGUGCUUGUCAGCCUCUGAGGCCUGAACGCUCUGCCUUCUGUCCCCUCCCCCUGCAGCCCCACCCCAGGGAAGUGCCUUACUGCUCAGCUCUGCAACAGUCUUAAUCUGCCCUGUUGUCUCUUGGGUUGGAUGUGGUAAAACUUGUAAAACCACAUUCAUGGCAGUUGCUGGAGCCCAGUGGCUCUGCUUGCAGGUCCUUGCCCCAGGCUGGGCAGGCAGGCAGGUGUCUCAUGGGAAAUGGGCCGUGUGGAAGACUCGGCCCCUCUCUCAGUGUGGCGCAGGCUGGAGGGGGAUGGACUGAGAUAUAUGGCUACCAAGAUUAGGGAAAACUGUCUUCAGGAGGAGCAGGGACUUCCUGCAGCCUGGAAACAGGCUGACUGACAUGGACAGCCCUCAGCACCUUUUUCCAGGAGACCAACAUCCCCUACAGCCACCACCACCAGAUGAUGUGCACUCCCGCCAACACCCCUGCCACGCCCCCCAACUUCCCUGAUGCCCUCACCAUGUUCUCCCGUCUCAAGGCCUCUGAAAGCUUCCACGGGGGUGGCGGCAGCAGCAGCCCAAUGGCCACGUCGGCCACAUCACCCCCACCGCACUUCCCCCAUGCCACUGGCAGCUUUGCAACACCCAGCUGGCCAACUGCAGCCUCACCCCCAGGAGGCCCACAGCAACACCAGCCGCAGCCGCCCCUGUGGACUCCGGCACCCCCUUCCCCGACUUCAGACUGGCCUCCCCUGGCUCCUCAACAGGCCACCUCAGAACCAAGGGCCCACCCUGCCAUGGAGGCAGAGAGAUAAGGGAGGCCCCUCCCCCCUCCCGGAGGCCAGAACCCCGUGGGGUGGGGGAGAGGAUGUUUCUGUGGGCCCCUUCACCCCUCCUCUGUCUGCACCUCUAAACCCCAGAGCCCUGGAGGGGAGAGACUGGACUCUAGCCAGGCAGUCUUGUGCCGGCACGCACAGCUGCACGCACGCAUGCAAGUUCACAGCGCAGGCACCCCCAGCUCGCCUGGAUCUGACUCCAAGUGGCUUGGGUGCCUGGUGGGCAGCACCUUGGAGACCAAGCAGCCAUCCCAGCGAAGACUUACCUGCCUGGCCCCACCACCUGGAGUGUUUCAGAGAAUCACUUGGUGGCAGUCACGUGGCUGACUCCUGUCUUGGGCCAUAGGCCUAGAUCCCUACCCAUGGGAAUGCAGAGCCUUCUCCGCAUGUGUGCGUGCAGCUGUGUCUUAUGUAUUUAUAUGUAUGUCGCUCUUCAAAAGCAACCUAGUUUAUGGGGCAGCUGGACUUUGCAUGUUAGAGUGAGCCCCAAGCCCCUUGGCCCACCACCCUGUUGUCUGAAGGGCUCUGUCUCACUCCACCUCCUUAUCUGCCAGCAUUGCUGUUUCCUGCAAAGGAUUAUGGGAAACUCCAGGACUCUUCUACCCAGCUCCUGCCUGCAAAGGUUCCCUGCAUGCCUCUUCCCCUGAGCCCAGGGGUACCUGGUCCCCAUUUCCUACUCCUCUUUUAACAAAAGAGAAAAGAAUUCCAAACCACCACCAGG